AUGAGGAGAAGGUGGAGGCUGGAGAACUUCCGAUUGAUUUUUUUCUCUGUGCUCUGCCUCCUCUUCAACGAGGGCACGAACACGGAGCAAGGAAAAUAUUCAGAGACAUAUUGCGUGUUCCAAGAUAAAAAGUACCGUGUAGGCGAACGAUGGCAUCCGUACCUGGAACCCUAUGGAAUUGUUUACUGUGUUAACUGUCUUUGCUCAGAGAAUGGGAAUGUGCUAUGCAACCGCAUAAGGUGCCCGAACUUGCACUGUCCCAGCCCGAUCCAUGUGCCACAGCUGUGCUGUCCACGAUGCCCAGAUGAUUCACUAUUUUCCAUGGGCAGUAAGGUCACGGGGAAGUCCUGCGAAUACAAUGGCACAACCUACCACCAUGGGGAGAUGUUUGUGGCAGAGGGCCUCUUCCAAAACCGGCAAGCCAACCAGUGCGCCCAGUGCAGUUGCUCUGAAGGAAAUGUGUACUGUGGCUUAAAGACAUGCCCCAAAUUAACUUGUUCCUCUCCGGUUUCGGCGCCUGAUUCAUGCUGUCCAGUAUGUAGAGGUGAGGGGGAGCUUUCAUGGGACAACUCAGACGGUGACAUCUUUCGGCAGCCAUCCAACAGAGAAGCUAGGCACUCCCCACAUCGCUUCCAUUAUGAGGGACCACCCAACAAUCCCAGGCAAACGGCCAACAUCCCACGAUUCGCUGGUGGAAGGAGCAACAGAGGAGCCCUCCCGGACCUGCAGCAGGGCUCCGGGACCAUAGUACAGAUUGUGCUCAACAACAAGCAUAAGCACGGGCGAGUGUGUGUUUCGAAUGGAAAAACCUACUCCCACGGGGAAUCCUGGCAUCCCACGCUCCGAUCCUAUGGAAUUGUGGAGUGCGUGCUGUGUACUUGCAAUGUCACCAAGCAGGAGUGCAAAAAGGUGUCUUGCCCUGAGCAGUAUCCUUGCACGCAGCCAAAGAAGAUCGAAGGGAAAUGCUGCAAAGUCUGCCCAGGUGACACUUUAUUCCCUCUUGCAGAAGAAAUCGAAAGCCAUACUGCCGACAGGAAGGUCUAUUUCUGCGGUGAAGAGACCCUUCCAGUCUAUGAAGCUGUGCUCACGGAGGAGGGGGGAACCCUCCGAAAAAUAGCUGUGGAAAGAAAUCAGGCAUCACGGGUGGAGAUCCACGUGUGGACCAUCCGGGAGGGUAUCCUGAGCCAUUUUGAUACAGAGACGGUAUCCAAGGAGGCGUUCAUGGAACUGCCCCACUUCAAGCAGAUGACGAGGACCACUCUGAGCCAGUGGAAAAUAUUCAGCGAGGGAGAAGCUCAGAUAAAUCAAAUGUGCAAAAGCCGAGUAUGCAGGACUGAACUGGAAGAUCUGGUAAAGGUUUUGUAUCUUGAGAAGUCUGAAAAAGACCACUGUUAA